UUCAUUGUAUGGUCAUUCCUCGUCGAUAUGAGUGGAACGGUUAGUAAUGACCAUGAUGAGGAGAAAGAGGUCCCGGGUUCGAACCCUGGUGCGACCACUUUGAACGCGCACUUGAUUGACUUGGACAGUGCUACAGAGACUAGUCCAGCAGAGGAACAGAAUGUGCAGGCUAGUGGACCGUUUCCGCCUGAAUCGACUCGAAAGAGGAAACAUAGCAAACGCCGUAAAGCCUCACAGGAGCGAGAAAGUCUCCUAUCAACUGAAAAAGAGGAGAGACCUUCGACAACGGCUGUGGUAGCAAGUACGACGCUAUCCUCACCUCAUAAGAUGGCCGUCAAAGCUGCGAGGAAACGGUAUCGCGAUCUGAGAGCUAAUAGACUUGACGCUGUGAAGGAAGCUAGAGAGACUAAUGAUAGUAGUACUUUCGAGGGAACGAAAAUGCUGAGGAGCCUUCCAAGUGAUAUGAAGAUGAGCCUGGGUGGUAUAUGGGUAUGUGUAGUGAGCGUGUUAGCCCGACGAUGGCUAGCUGAUUGGAAGGAGUGUAAAGGGAGUGAUGGUAAUGAUAACGACGAGGAGGAGGAGGAGGAGAGUAUUGGCGAUGAUACCAGUAGGAAGGCGGCGUCGUCGUCGUCUUCCUCAUCUACGAAGUGGGGUAGAAAUAAGUAUAGGGGAUCGAAGCUGGGAAAGGCCGUAGUAAAGUGGGCUCGGUGGUCAUUAGAGGUUGUAUUGGAUAUAAUAGAUGCGGACGAUGCAUGCAGCAGGUCGUUGACUCAAUUGCUGGAAAUGAACCUACCAGGAGGAUUGCAAUGGCGAUCACCACCUCCCGAGUCUGAUGGCUUCGUAACACAUUUGAUGUCUAUCGAUGGUGGAAAGGCGUCGGUAUCCUUGCUUUUGCGAGACCUCACUCUUAAUCUCCUAGGGGGAGGGCCAGAAGGGUCUGCUGGGGAUGAUGGAACUCGUGGGAAGAGGACGAAAAAGAAGGGAUGGAAAAAGAAGUCGAAGGAGGGCGGAGCGAAGCAACAUAUAUAUAAUAGUCGAACUCGUUGCGCGCUGUUUGAGGUGGCUAAGGCGUUUGGUAUAUCGUCGCAUGUUAUUGAGGCUUGGGAGUGUGAGGUUGGAUUGGAGUUGAAUGCAGCGUUGAGGAGGGGACAGGAAGAGGAGGGAGAACAACAACAGCAGCAGAAGCAGCAGCAGCGACUGGAGAAUCGGGUCCAGCCAGGAGUUGACCAUGUUCAGGCCAGUACCGGGUCAAGGCUAUCACGAAGGAUGAAGAUAGGUGCUGCAGCAUUGGGUGGAGGGGCUCUACUGGCUCUCACUGGAGGUCUUGCCGCGCCUGCGGUGGUUGCUGGCCUGGCCAGUAUAGGAACGGCUCUGGGUAGCCUUGGCACUUUAGGGGUGGCGGUUGGUGGUUUGAUCAUAUCAGCGAGUGGGUUCCUGGCAGCAGUUGGGACGGCUGGUGUGGCAGUGCUGUUUGGAGCUGGCGGGGUCGGCCUUACUGGAUUCAAGAUGAACAGGAGAUGGGGGGAUCUCAACGAAUUUGAAUUCAAGGAUGCUUAUGCUGAGAGUGCAGUGUUGAAAGCGAAAGGUCGUGCGUUCGAUUCCUGGGGACGGAAAGUGGAUAAAAAUGAUAGUGCUGCGAAUGAUCGAGGCCAGGGCAGUGAUCCAGGAGCACUGGAACUGCGACUUUGUGUGGGCGGGUGGCUCCGAGAUCGUGAUGAUGUGAUCUUGCCCUGGAUCGAACCCGAGGUCUGCAGCGGAGAUUCUGGUCCUAGUCUGAAUCGACUUGAUGGGCUCCCUACCAGACAGAGUGAAGUGUACGCAGUGAACUGGGAGAGCCAUGAGUUGCUCAGACUCGGAAGUGUCCUCCGUCGUCUCAUCACCGACGAGAUUGCCAAGCAAGCGGCCAGUAUGUGGUUGCAGGCGACCAUUGGGGCGGCAGCGGCAACGGCAAUGUUCCCGGUAUGGAUAAUCAAAUACAUGACAGACUUGGAUAACACAUGGCUGGUUGUGCGGGAUCGAUCAUCAGUAGCAGGAGAGGUCUUGGCUUCCGCCAUAAUGGAUUCAAAUUGCGUGGGGAACCGGCCGGUCACCUUAGUCGGCAUCAGCAACGGUGCGCGCGUCAUAUUCAAAUGUUUAGAGAUUUUGUACAGCAAGGGGUACUUCAAUGUCGUUCAAAACGUUGUUCUGCUCGGCGCUCCGAUAGCCGUGACUUUCGACGCGCCUGCCGUAGGAUCUGACCAUAAAAAAUCAUGGCGCAGGGCGCGCGCUGUUGUAGCAGGAAGGUUCAUCAACGGCUACACUAGCAGUGAUUGGGUAUUAGGAUUCCUGUAUCGGUAUAUGGAAUGGGGAGUUAAAGUGGCGGGGCUGAGCGCUGCUCGGGGCAUCUCUGGUGUGGAGAAUAUAGACCUGGGAAAGUUGGUCGAACGGCACGACCACUACCCUGAGUAUUUCACCGAGAUCAUGGCGAAUCUGGACAUUCUCGAGUGAGUGUUGGACACUUGUGUAAAUUUGAUGCUCGAAAAAAGAGUGCAGUAAUAGUCGUAUUUGAUUAUCAUAGUC